AUGCCCAAUUUCUAUCCAGAGAAUGAGCUACUACCGCACACAAUUGAUCAUUAUGCGAGAGUGAAACCAGACGCCCUCUACGCGGAGUAUCCAGCAUGUCCCACGAGCUAUGAUGACGGUUACGUCCCCAUCACCUAUCGCGCCUUUGCAAAUGCCAUCAAUGGUGUUGCCUGGUGGUUGACCAAGACACUAGGCCCCGGACAGGGGGAUGUUUUAACUUACAUAGGUCCAAAUGACCUACGAUAUCCCGCUCUGGUUAUCGGGGCUGUAAAGGCGGGAUACUGUAUGUUUCUGACCUCGCCUCGCAACAGUCUCGCUGCGCACGAAAGCCUGUUGCGCUCACUGAAUUGCUCCAAGGUGCUUGCCACAACACCCCGAUCGCCGCCCAUCACAAACUUGUUGAAUGUCUCUAUGCCUCUGGAAGUGUAUGAUGUGCCGAGCCUGCAGGAGCUGCUAGCCAACGAAUACCCUCAUUUUGAAUAUCACAAAACUCAUCCCGACGAUGUGAGUACGAGAUUAGUCUCAAUACAUACAUCCGGUUCCACCGGUAUUCCCAAGCCCAUUUCUUGGACAUUUGAAACUACGACUCGACACAUGCGAAUGGUCGCCCUCAGUCCGCCAGAGAACUUUGAGGGGCAACACAGUUGGAGUCAGGGCAAGAGAAUGUUUCUGACAUUACCGCCCUUCCACGCGGGGGGACUCGCUGUCCUGCUGUUCUUCGGAAUUCCCGCCGGUAUGACAAUCAUUUUACCCACGUCGGGUGGCCUCCCCACCGCGGCAGCCCUGGUCGAAGCCAGGAAACAAACCCCAUUCGAAAUCGCCUUGGUCGUGCCGUCUGUUGUCCAUGAGCUGGCCCAACAACCUGACCUAUUGGAUUACUGCAGCCAGCAUCUGGAAUACCUCAUCUACGUAGGUGGCGACCUACCGCAGGAUGUUGGCGAUACAGUGGUGUCAAAGCUAAAGUUGGUGGGCCAGUAUGCUGCGACUGAGGUAGGGAUGCUCAGUGCUAUCCAUUCAGUGAAAAGGGACCCUCGUGGAGACUGGCGAUAUACCCAGUUCCACCCGGACUUGGGAGUCGAGAUGCGACCCUUCACGGAAGAUGAGUAUGAGCUAGUGAUAGUCCACACGCCAGAGCGGGAAACACAUCAGCUGCCAUCUACCAUAUUUCCCGGUCAGCAAGAAUACUACACUCGUGAUCUGUGGAUGCGCCACCCUGACCCAACAAAGUCGGAUUUGUGGCGAUGGAGCGCGCGUGCGGACGAUGUGAUCGUUUUCCUGAAUGGGGAGAAAACAAAUCCUAUUUCAAUGGAGCAGCAUAUUGCCGUCUCGAAUCCUGAAGUUUCAGCUGUGAUAGUCGCAGGCACUCAUCGCUUCCAAGCCUCGCUCAUUGUUGACUUCUGUGGUGAUGGGGAUAUGGGUCCAAGUGAGCGAGCUGCUGCCAUCGAGAAAAUAUGGCCCAGCAUUGAGGAAGCAAAUCGUGUUUGUCCGGCACAUGCCCGACUCGUCCGGACGCACAUCUUGUUUACGACAUCCGAGAAACCCAUGCCACGGACAGCGAAAGGCACUGUCCAGCGGGCGGGGACUCUAGCUCUCUACGCACCCGAACUAGAUGCGCUGUAUGCAAGCGCUGAUCAGCUGGCGGCACGAGAAGACAACGAGACGAGCGGGCCUGUGCGCGUCAGCAAUCUUCAAGAAGUGUCGAACUUCAUCCAGCGGUCCCUGGUGGAUGUCACUGGCUGGAGCGAAGAUCAAGUUUCCACUGCUGAGAGCUUUUUCACCCUCGGAUUGGAUAGUCUGCAAACCAUCACCACUGCCCGCCGUAUCAAGCGUGGUCUUGACCUACCUUCGUUUACUCCCAAUAUGAUAUACCUCAACCCAUCGUUGUCUGCUCUCACGCAAGCCACCCUCAGACUCAUCCAGGACGAUGCUGUCAUCCAAGCAGCAGGCAGGGAAGCAAUGCUCGCAGAACGAAACAAUCUUCUGGAGCAAUUCAAAGAAAAAAUAGACAAUAUCAAACCAAAGACAAUUGUCCAGUCCAACACGGCGAUCCAGCCCCAGGUCGUCGUGCUGACCGGCUCAACGGGGACUUUAGGCACAUACAUCCUGAGCACCUUACUAAACGACCCAUCUGUAUCGCACAUCCACUGUCUAAAUCGCAAAAAAGACAGCGGAACAAUCCAACAACAGAAAAGCAACUUCUACCACCUCCACUCGACCCUCGAUCCCUCCAAAGUCACCUUCUGGCACGCCGACCUCACCCAACCUGACCUCGGUCUCCCGACAGAAUCCCUCCAAACUCUCCAAAAAACCGCAACCGUGAUAAUCCACAACGCAUGGACAGUAAACUUCAACCUCCCCCUCUCAUCCUUCACCCCCGAUCUGCACGCCAUCACAAACCUCAUCAACCUCACAACCUCCAGUCCCAACAACCCGCACCUCUUCUUCCUCUCCUCCAUCAGCUCAGUUCUAGGCCAUGAAACAACAUCCCAAAUAACACCCGAAGAGCUCAUCACAACAACCCACCCCGCGCCGAACGGCUACGCAAACAGCAAAUACAUCGCCGAGCACCUCCUCUCGCACGCGACACAGACGCGCUCGAUAAACGCGUCGUUCGCACGCAUCGGCCAGAUAGCUGGUGCGGCGCGUUCGCCAGGCCUCUGGAAUAGAAACGAGUGGUUCCCGAGCUUGGUGCGAAGUUCUUUGCAAGUGCGCGCGUUGCCGGAGACGCUAGGAUCCACUUUGGGACGGGUGGAUUGGGUGCCCGUUGAUUUACUCGCGGAAGUUUUGGUUGAUCUUGCGCUUUGGCAAGGCUCAGAUGGUGCUGUUCGUGGACAGGGACAGUCUGUUAAUGUCUUCCAUCCGUUGAAUUUGUAUCCCGAGGCGUGGGGGGUUAUUGCUCCUGUUGUUGCGGAGAUGCUUUCUCUUAUUAGUGGGAAGGAGAUUGCGUUUGUUGAUUUGUCUGCGUGGGUGCAGAUGGUGAGAGUGGAUAUUGAGAAUUCUGAGGGUGAGUUGGAGGGGCUUUUGGAGAGGAAUCCGGCUGCUAAGUUGUUGGGAUUUUUUGAAGGUGUUGUUGCUGAGAUUGGUGCUGGGCCGGGUAAUGUCUUGGAUACGCGAGGAACGGCGGAAAUCAGUAAAAGGCUUCGGGAUAUUCCGGGGGUGGGGAGGAUGCCUCAUUGGGUUCAGAAAUGGGUUGGGGAAUGGUUGCGUCCGUUGGGUGACUGA